AUGGCGGAGAUCCAUGCGAAUUGCUUUGCAAGCGAAGAGGAAGUUAGCUUUUGUGAUGAGAAUCUUGGCGUCGUGUAUGCGUCUGAUGCGUCACUAGUUUGGGAAGAUCUGAAGGAACGAUUUGAUAAGGUCAAUCGUGUAAGGAUUUACCAGUUACAUCGAGAUAUUGCUACGCUUACACAGGGAAUCGAUAUUGUUUCGGUUUAUUUUAUGAAAUUGAAGGAACUGUGGGCAGAAUAUGAUGCAAUGGCGUAUGCCAUGAUUGUUGAAGAAGAGAGUCAAAGGUCUGAUGUGGAUCGUAAUUCUCUGGGAUUGAAAGCUGUAGCUGAAGGAAAUGAUACCACAGCUCUUUGGACUGCUAAGCAUCCACCAAAGCUUCGAUACAAAUCUCCAAAUGCCUUUUGUGAUCAUUGA